AUGAGUGAAGAAAAUUUAUCCGAAGUUGCUGAGUCUCAACACAAGCAGUUUGAAGUCACAGAUUACUCUAAAGAACAUGCUAAAUUACCAUCCAACUUCAUUGGUCUGAAUACCCUGGAUAAGGCAGAGGAAGGUAUAUUAAAAGAGUUUGUCAAGUCUCAUGGUGGUCACACCGUUAUUUCCAAAGUUUUAAUUGCAAACAAUGGUAUUGGUGCUGUCAAAGAAAUCAGAUCUGUUAGGAAGUGGGCUUAUGAUACAUUUGGUAACGAAAGAACUAUUGAAUUUGUUGCCAUGGCCACUCCGGAAGAUUUGGAAGCUAAUGCCGAAUAUAUUCGAAUGGCUGACCAAUAUGUCGAGGUCCCAGGUGGAACUAAUAACAACAAUUAUGCCAAUGUAGAUUUAAUUGUGGAAAUAGCGGAGAGAACCAAUGUUGAUGCAGUUUGGGCUGGUUGGGGUCAUGCGUCUGAGAACCCAUUAUUACCAGAAAAAUUGGCUGCUUCUAAAAGAAAAGUCAUCUUUAUUGGUCCUCCAGGAAAUGCUAUGAGAUCUCUAGGUGAUAAAAUUUCUUCCACAAUUGUUGCCCAACAUGCCAAGGUUCCAUGCAUUCCAUGGUCUGGUACUGGUGUUGAUCAAGUUGUUGUUGACAAAAAUAAUGGGUUGGUUUCUGUUGAAGAUUCUGUUUACCAAAAAGGUUGUUGUUCUUCUCCCGAAGAAGGUUUACUUGUUGCCAAAAAAAUUGGGUUCCCAAUUAUGGUUAAGGCAUCUGAAGGUGGUGGUGGUAAAGGUAUCAGAAAGGUUGAACGUGAAGAGGAUUUCUUGACGUUAUAUGAUCAAGCUGCCAAUGAAAUUCCUGGCUCUCCUAUUUUUAUUAUGAAACUGGCUGGGCAAGCCCGUCAUUUAGAAGUCCAAUUAUUGGCGGAUCAGUACGGCACCAACAUUUCUCUAUUUGGCCGUGACUGUUCGGUCCAAAGACGUCACCAAAAGAUUAUUGAAGAAGCACCUGUUACUAUUGCCAAACCAGAAACUUUUUCCAAGAUGGAAAAGGCUGCUGUUAGGUUAGGUAAGCUAGUCGGCUACGUUUCUGCUGGUACCGUUGAAUAUUUAUAUUCUCAUGAAGACGAUAAAUUUUACUUUUUGGAAUUGAACCCAAGAUUGCAAGUGGAACAUCCAACUACUGAAAUGGUUAGCGGUGUCAAUUUACCAGCGGCUCAAUUGCAAAUUGCUAUGGGUAUUCCAAUGCAUAGAAUCAGGGAUAUUAGGUUGUUCUAUGGUGUUGAUCCACGUACUGCAACCAAGAUUGAUUUUGAUUUCUCCUCGGAGGAAUCCUUAAAAACUCAAAGAAAACCAAUUCCAAAGGGUCAUUGUACCGCUUGUCGUAUUACCUCUGAAGAUCCAAAUGAAGGUUUCAAGCCAUCUGGUGGUUCAAUCUACGAAUUGAAUUUCCGUUCUUCAUCAAAUGUUUGGGGUUAUUUUUCUGUAGGUAAUAAUGGUGGUAUCCAUUCUUUUGCGGAUUCGCAGUUCGGUCAUAUUUUUGCCUUUGGUGAAAAUAGAGAAGCCUCUAGAAGACAUAUGGUUGUGGCUUUAAAAGAGUUAUCUAUAAGAGGUGAUUUCCGAACCACUGUUGAAUAUUUAAUCAAGUUGCUAGAAACUGAGGAUUUUGAAGAAAACACUAUUACUACUGGUUGGUUGGAUGAUUUAAUCAGCCAGAAAAUGAGUGCCGAAAAACCAGACUCUACUUUGGCUGUCAUUUGUGGGGCUGCAACAAAGGCCUAUAUUGUAUCUUCCAAGGCACAUGAAGAAUAUAUCAACAGCUUGAAAAGAGGUCAAGUUCCAAAUAAAUCAUUGUUGCAAACUAUGUACCCAAUUGAAUUUAUUCACGAAGACAAGAGAUUUAAGUUUACAGUUGCCCAAUCUGCAGAUGAACGUUAUACUUUGUUUAUUAACGGUUCCAAAUGUGAGGUUGGAGUUCGUAAGUUGUCUGAUGGUGGUUUAUUGAUUUCUGUUGGCGGUAAAUCACACACCAUUUAUUGGAAGGAGGAAGUUUCUGCUACUAGAUUGUCUAUUGACUCCAUGACUACUUUAUUGGAAGCUGAAAAUGACCCAACUCAAUUGCGUACUCCAUCGCCAGGUAAGUUGGUUAAAUAUUUGGUUGAAAGCGGUGAUCAUGUCAAUGCUGGCCAACCAUAUGCUGAAGUUGAAGUCAUGAAGAUGCAAAUGCCAUUAGUUUCCCAAGAAAGCGGUAUUGUUCAAUUGUUGAAACAGCCAGGUUCCACCGUUUCUGCAGGCGAUAUUUUAGGUAUUUUGAGUUUAGAUGAUCCUAGUAAGGUCAAACAUGCCUUGCCAUUUGAAGGAAUGUUACCAGAGUUGGGUGCUCCGAUCAUUGAAGGUACCAAACCAGCCUACAAGUUCAAGAGUUUAGUUACCACUUUAGAAAAUAUUUUGAAGGGUUAUGAUAAUCAGGUUAUCAUGAAUACCUCGUUACAAAAUUUGAUACAAGUCUUAAGAGACCCAAAAUUGCCUUAUAGUGAAUGGCGCCUGCAAGUUUCUGCUUUGCAUUCCAGAUUACCCAAAGAGCUGGACGAUAAAUUGACUGACUUGGUGAGCAGAUCUGAAAAACGUUCUGCUGAUUUUCCUGCCAAGCAACUUAACAAAUUGUUGGAACAUUCGAUCGAAGAACAUUCAGAGUCUAUUUUGUUUUCUGCCACUGUUGAACCACUAUUGGAUAUUACAAGACGUUAUUCGAACGGCUUGAAAGCUCAUGAGCACUCUGUUUUUGCAAAGUUUUUGGAGGAAUAUUAUGACGUUGAAAGCUUAUUCAGUGGGUCCAAUGUUCGUGAGGAAGAUGUUAUUUUAAAAUUACGUGAUGAGCAUACCGACGAUUUAAAUAAGGUUGUUUUGACCGUUUUAUCACACUCCAGAGUCUUUGCGAAAAACAAUUUGAUUUUGGCCAUUUUGAAACAUUACCAACCAUUAUGCAAAAUUUCUUCGGAUGUCGCUGCUGCUAUUUCCGAGCCUUUGAAGAAUAUUGUUCAAUUGGAGUCCAAGGCUACAGCUAAGGUUGCUCUACAAGCAAGAGAAAUUUUAAUUCAAGGUGCUUUGCCUUCUAUUUCUGAAAGAACUGCUCAAGUUGAACAUAUUUUGAAAAGCUCUGUUGUCAAGGCUUCAUAUGGAUCCAACGCUAGACGUUCUGAACCAGAUUUGAAUAUUUUAAAGGAUUUAAUUGAUUCCAAUUAUGUUGUUUUUGAUGUUCUGUCUCAAUUUCUUAAUGAUAACGAUGUGGAUAUUGCUUCUGCUGCUGCUGAUGUUUACAUUCGUCGUGCUUAUAGAGCGUACACAAUUGGUGAUGUGAAACAUCAUAAAGUCAGUGGUUCUCCUGUCGUUGAAUGGAAAUUCCAGUUGCCAAGUAACUCUUCAAUUUCUGUUCCUCAGAUGAAGAAUAAAUUGGGCUUAAACAGGGCCAUGUCGGUUUCUGAUUUGUCUUUUAUUUCCAACGAUGGAACCCAACCUUUAAGAACUGGUGUUUUAGUAGCUGCCAAACACUUGGAUGAUAUUGAUGAUUCUCUUUCCGAUGCUUUGUGUAUUAUUCCACAUCAAAAUAGUGCUUCGGGUCCAGCUCCAAAUAGAUCUUUUGGCCACUCAACGUUGAGCAAUGUUGCUAAUGUUUUCAUUUCUUCUACUGACGGUUUUGAAAACGACAAACAGGUUUUGAAGAGAUUAAGGGAAAUUUUGGAUAUGAACAAGAAGAGUUUGGUAAAUGCCUCUAUUCGUCGUAUUACUUUUAUUUUCACCUACAAUGAUGGUAGUUAUCCUAAGUUCUAUACCUUCCGUGGUCCUAAUUAUGAGGAAGAUGAAACCAUCCGUAACGUUGAACCUGCAUUAGCUUUCCAAUUGGAAUUAGGAAGAAUGUCCAACUUUAAUAUUAAGCAAAUUUUUACUGGUAAUAGAAAUAUCCAUGUUUACGAAGCCAUUGCAAAGAAUUCUCCUGUUGAUAAAAGAUUUUUCACCAGAGGUAUUAUUAGAACUGGUCGUAUUCGUGAUGACAUCAGUAUUCAAGAAUACUUAACAUCCGAAGCCAAUAGGUUGAUGUCUGAUAUUUUAGAUAACUUGGAAAUUAUCGACACCUCUAAUUCGGACUUGAACCAUAUUUUCAUUAAUUUUUCUUCUGUUUUCGAUAUUACUCCAGAAGAUGUUGAAGCUGCCUUUGGUGGGUUCUUGGAGAGAUUUGGUAAAAGAUUAUUGCGUUUACGUAUUGCUGCUGCUGAAAUACGUAUUAUUAUCAAGGAUCCAAAGACCGGGUCACCAGUUCCAUUGAGAGCUUUGAUCAAUAAUGUUUCUGGUUAUGUUGUUAAAACGGAAUUGUACACUGAAAUUAAGAACUCUGAAGGUGUUUGGGUUUUCAAGUCUUUAGAUAAACCGGGAUCCAUGCAUUUAAGGCCUAUUGCUACACCAUAUCCUGUUAAAGAAUGGUUGCAACCAAAACGUUAUAAGGCUCAUUUAAUGGGUACAACUUAUGUUUAUGAUUUCCCCGAGUUAUUCCGCCAAGCUCUUGUUUCUGAAUGGAAAAAGACUUCUCCAAUGACAAAAGUUACUGACUUGUUUUUCAUUUCAAACGAAUUGAUUGAAGAUGAGAAUGGUGAGUUGACCGAAGUGGAGCGUGAGGCUGGUGCCAAUACUAUUGGUAUGGUUGCUUUCAAGAUUACAGCCAGAACUCCAGAAUAUUCUCGUGGUCGUCAAUUUGUUGUUAUUGCAAAUGAUAUUACUUUUAAGAUUGGUUCUUUUGGUCCAAAGGAGGACGAAUUUUUCAACAAGGCCACCAAAUAUGCUAGAAAGUUGGGUAUUCCAAGAAUCUACUUAUCUGCAAACUCUGGUGCUAGAAUCGGUAUUGCUGAUGAAUUGAUUCCAUAUUACCAAGUCGCCUGGAAGGAUGCCUCUGAUCCAGCCAAGGGAUUCGAAUAUUUGUACAUGACGGCUGAUGGUCUAGCUCAGUUGAAGAAAGACGGUAAAGAAAACAGUGUUCUUACUGAACGUGUUGUUGAAAAUGGUGAAGAGAGAUUUGUUAUUAAGACUAUUAUUGGUUCUGAGGAUGGUUUAGGUGUUGAAUGUUUAAGAGGCUCUGGGUUGAUUGCUGGUGCCACUUCUAGAGCAUACAAGGACAUUUUCACCAUUACCUUAGUUUCUUGUAGAUCCGUUGGUAUUGGUGCCUAUUUAGUUAGAUUAGGUGAAAGAGCUAUUCAAGUUGAAGGACAACCGAUUAUUUUAACUGGUGCACCAGCUAUUAACAAGUUGUUGGGAAGAGAAGUUUACUCUUCUAACUUGCAAUUGGGUGGUACUCAAAUUAUGUACAACAACGGUGUUUCUCACUUAACUGCCAAGGAUGAUUUAGAUGGUGUUUCUAAGAUCAUAGAAUGGCUAUCCUACAUUCCAGCCAAACGUGAUAUGCCGGUUCCUAUUUUAGAAUCUGAAGAUACUUGGGAUAGAGAUGUUGAUUUUGCUCCAGAACCUAAGAAGGCUUACGACGUUAGAUGGAUGAUUGAAGGUAAACAAGAUGAAGAUGGUUUUGAAUAUGGUUUGUUUGAUAAGGGCUCCUUCAAGGAAACCUUAUCUGGUUGGGCCAAGGGUGUUGUUGUUGGAAGAGCUCGUUUGGGUGGUAUUCCAAUGGGUGUUAUUUGUGUUGAGACUAGAACUGUUGAAAACUUGAUUCCAGCGGACCCUGCUAAUCCUGAUUCUACUGAGAUGUUGGUUCAAGAGGCUGGACAAGUUUGGUAUCCAAAUUCUGCAUUUAAGACUGCUCAAGCCAUUAAUGAUUUCAACCAUGGUGAACAAUUGCCUUUGAUGAUCUUGGCUAAUUGGAGAGGUUUCUCUGGUGGCCAACGUGAUAUGUACAAUGAGGUUUUGAAAUAUGGUUCUUUUAUUGUUGAUGCAUUAGUUGCCUACAAACAACCUGUCUUUGUCUAUAUUCCACCAACCGGUGAAUUGAGAGGUGGUUCUUGGGUUGUUGUAGAUCCAACCAUUAAUCCUGACCACAUGGAAAUGUAUGCAGAUGUUGAUUCCAGAGCUGGUGUUUUGGAACCCGAGGGUAUGGUGGGUAUCAAAUACCGUAGAGAAAAGUUGUUGAAUACUAUGUACAGAUUGGACGACAAAUAUAAAGAAUUGAAGGAUAAGUUGGCCGACAGCUCCUUGAAUGCUGAGGAACAUAAAACUAUUUCCACAGCUUUGGCUCAACGUGAAAAAUGGUUGUUACCAAUUUAUCAUCAAAUUACUGUUCAAUUUGCUGAUUUGCAUGAUAGAUCUGACCGUAUGCUGGCUAAACAUGUUAUUAGAGAAGCCUUGAAAUGGACUAAUGCUCGUCGUUACUUUUUCUGGAGGUUGAGAAGAAAGUUGAACGAAGAAUAUUUGUGCAGAAGAUUACAAUCUGAACUACCAUCAGCUUCCAGGUUAGAGUUGCUUGCCAGAAUCAGAUCAUGGUAUCCAGCUUCUGUUAAUCAACAAGAUGAUAGACAAGUUACGAAUUGGGUAGAAGAGAAUUACCAGUUGUUAGACGAAAAAUUAAAAUCUAUCAAGGUUGAAGCUAUUGCUCAAAAUCUAGCCAAGUCCUUGAGAAGUGAUCAUGAUAAUGCUAUUGUUGGAUUAUCUGAAGUUUUGAAACUAUUAUCUGCUUCUGAUAAGGAAAAGAUUUUAAAGAAUUUGAAAUAA